UAGGUUGUCACUGUUGAUUUUGCUUAACCUUUGGACUAAUUGGUUCAUCCCAAUCCAUUUGCACUGGUAUAUAAGACUUCCAGCAACAGUGGGAGAAAUUCAUCUCUCCUUUUUCAGGCAAGGGUGUCGCAUCGGAGACCUGCCAUGGGGUGGAAAAUACUUCCCAUCUGCUUGUUGCUGCUGCUGCCUGCCUUCUUGAUUCAACAAGUUUCAUCUCAAGACUUGCCAAGCUGUGCAGGGAGAUGUGGGGAAGGGUAUUCUAGAGAUGCCACCUGCAACUGUGAUUUUAACUGCCAACACUACAUGGAGUGCUGCCCUGAUUUCAAGAGAGUCUGCACUACAGAGCUCUCCUGCAAAGGCCGCUGCUUCGAGUCCUUCCAGCGAGGGAGGGAGUGUGACUGUGACUCCCAGUGUAAGGAGUUCGGCAAGUGCUGUGACGAUUAUGCGACUUUCUGUGAAGAAGUGCAUAAUCCCACAACACCACCUCCAAAGACUGCACCUCCGCCUCCAAGAGCAUCUCCCAUCAUCAAAUCAACCACCAAACGCUCACCCAAAUCACCAAAAAAGAAGACUAAGAAAGUUGUAGAAUCAGAGGAAAUAACAGAAGAGAAAGAUAACAAGAAACCUCCCCCUAAAAAGGAACCUAAACCAGAACCUCCAGUCGUAGAUGAAGCUGGAAGUGGACAGGAUAAUGGUGAAGCCAAGCUCACCCCAGCUCCUGACAGUCCUACCACUCCGCCUCCCAAGACUACAGCAGCAAAACCUGCAAGUCCCAAACCCAGUCUUAAUUCUGAGACAUCCAAAGAAGCAUCUUCAACUUCCAACAAAGAGACAGUAGUGGAAACGAAGGAGACUAGUGCAACAAAUAAACAGACUUCCGCCAGUAAAAAAGAGAAAACUACUUCAGCGAAAGAAAUACGGAGUGCAGAGAAUAAAGAUGUUGCACCCACAUCUCCUACACCUACCACCUCCAAGAACCCAGCUCCCACAACCACCAAGCCAGUACCCACUACUACAAAGGAACCAGCUCCCACUACCACCAAGCCAGUACCCACUACUACAAAGGAACCAGCUCCCACAACCACCAAGAAGCCUGUACCCACUACUACAAAGGAACCGGCUCCCACUACCACCAAGAAGCCUGUAACUACAACCAAGGAACCUACUCCUACCACUCCCCAAAAGCCUGAACCCACCCCCAAGGAACCGGCGCCCACGACCCCGAAGGAGCCCGAGCCCACGACCCCGAAGGAGCCUGAACCCACGACCCCCAAGGAACUGGCUCCCACGACCCCUAAGGAGCCCGAACCCACGACCCCCAAGGAACUGGCUCCCACGACCACUAAAAAGCCUGAGCCCACCACCCCCAAGGAACCAGCUCCCACGACUCCUAAGGAGCCUGAGCCCACCACCCCCAAGGAGCCUGAACCCACGACCCCUAAGGAGCCUGAACCCACGACCCCCAAGGAACCAGCUCCCACCACCCCUAAGGAAUCAGCACCCACAACCCCUAAGGAGCCUGAACCCACCACCCCCAAGGAACCAGCACCCACAACCCCUAAGGAGCCUGAACCCACCACCCCUAAGGAACCAGCACCCACGACCCCUAAGGAGCCUGAACCCACCACCCCCAAGGAACCAGCACCCACGACCCCUAAAGAGCCCGAACCCACCGCCCCCAAGGAACCAGCACCCAAGACCCCUAAAGAGCCUGAACCCACUGCCCCCAAGGAACCAGCACCCACGACCCCUAAAGAGCCUGAACCCACAACCCCCAAGGAACCAGCACCCACGACCCCUAAGGAGCCUGAACCCACAACCCCCAAGGAACCAGCUCCUACCACUUCUAAAGAGCCUGCACCCACAACUCCCAAGACUCCUGCUGAAGUAACUCCUGAGUUUCCUGAAGCACCCACACCAAAGGCUCUUGAAGACAGUCCUAAGGAACCCACUGUGUCACCAACUAAGACUCCCGAGGUAAGCAAACCUGGAAUGACUACAGCAGCUAAAGAGAAGGCAACAGAAAAAGACCCACCCCAAACUACAACUGUUGCCCCUAAGAAGACAACAAUUAAACCAGAAGAGACUACUGAGUCAGAAGCAAGCGCCACCACAUCACCCCAAAUUACCACUCUGAAAACAACAACUCUCGCACCCAAAGUAACUGCUCCAGCUGAAGAGACUCCGGACAAACCUGAAGAAACAACCCCUGCAUCAGAAGAUCCUGACGCUCCUAAGACAACUCUGAAACCCCAGAAACCAACCAAAGCACCCAAGAAGCCCAGCUCUACCAAAAAGCCAAGCAAAGCACCUAAGAAGCCCGCCGCUACCAGAAAGCCAAAGACAAAAAAAGAGAAAAAACCAAAAACGACACCAUCUCCUCUGAAGACGACUUCGGCAGUGCCUGAACUGAACACCACUCCUUUAGAAGUCCUGCGGCCGACCACAGCUAGCCCUAAGCAAACUCCAGACUUAGAAACAGCUGAAGUAGAUCCAGACCAUGAAGACGCGGACGAAGGUGAAGAAGGAAAACCUCUCAUGAUCCCCAGGCCUCCUGUGCUCUCCCCCAUCCUGAUUCCAGGCUCUGAUCACUUGGCCGGCGCCCUCAACCACGGCAUUAGCACCAAUCCCAUGCUCUCAGAUGAGACCAAUUUGUGCAACGGUAAGCCAGUGGACGGACUGACGACUCUGCGCAAUGGGACGUUAGUUGCAUUUCGAGGUCAUUAUUUCUGGAUGCUAAAUCCAUUCAGACCACCAUCCCCAGCACGCCUGAUUACAGAAGUCUGGGGCAUUCCUUCCCCCAUUGACACUGUUUUCACUAGAUGCAACUGCGAAGGGAAAACUUUCUUCUUUAAGGAUUCUCAGUACUGGCGCUUCACUAAUGAUGUACAAGAUGCCGGGUAUCCUAAACAAAUCGUCAAAGGCUUCGGAGGACUAACAGGGAAAAUAGUGGCGGCUCUUUCAAUUGCCAGGCACAAGGACAGGCCUGAAUCCGUGUACUUUUUCAAGAGAGGUGGCAACGUUCAGCAGUACACCUAUAAACACGAGCCCACGAGGAAGUGCACUGGACGGAGGCCUGCUAUCAACUACUCGGUGUACGGGCAGGCAGCGCAGGUCAGGAGGCGCCGCUUUGAGCGUGCUGUUGGACCUUUCCAGACACACACCGUCAGAGUCCAUUACUCGCUGCCCAUGAGAGUUGUUUAUCAAGACAAGGGUUUCCUCCAUAACGAAGUCAAAGUGAGCAUGAUGUGGAGAGGGUUUCCAAACGUUGUUACCUCAGCAAUAACACUGCCUAACAUUAGAAAACCCGACGGCUAUGAUUACUAUGCCUUUUCUAAAGAUCAAUACUAUAACAUCGAUGUGCCAACUAGAACAGCAAGAGCAGUUACUACUCGUUCUGGGCAGACGCUCUCCAAAGUCUGGUACAACUGUCCUUAGACUGAUGGGCAAAGAAGAGUCACGAAAACGAAAGGAAGAAAACAAUGAUCAAUUCUGACACUGAAAUACAUUUUAUUAAUAAAGAGUGUUGAAAUGAGCAUACCUAUUUAUACAAAACACUUCUCAACUCGACAAUCAUUAUAUUAAAACAGAUCUGCCAAUCUUAUUCACAGGUGUCAAUAGUUUACAGGUCACUUAGUUCAUAUUCCCUCUAUUUAUUCCUCCUCUUCCUCCCACUGCAUGGCUUACACCUGGAGAAGGAAAUAAUAAAAGGCAAUCACUCAUGGUCAACAGAAAUACCUAAGAUAUUAUAAAUAUUAAAAGGUAUUCCCAUGUUGAUUAACAGUUAUUAUAAAUGGGUCACUAGUACUGAUGUAAAUGCAGACUAACGAGUUACAUUAGAAAACGUGGAAAUACUAAAACCUUGUAUUUCUUUACUCGCUACAACAGCCACAAAACUUUGAUUGCACAAAAAGCACUGCACAACAUAAGAACACAGGUAGAGCUAGCACAAUGAACACACAGCAUGGGAACACUUCAGAUUUUCCAAAUCUUUCUUUGGAUCCAAUAAAAUAAGAUACCAAUUGUAUGUAAAAAACACACAUUUUGUACCUAUGACAAAUAAACUGCUUUAAAGAA